AUGAUCGAGUUACUGGAUCUGUGUUAUGAUGUACUGAUCGGGAUUCUGGAGGAGAUUGAACCCCAUGAUCUCGCGGCAUGUGCGCAAACGUCCAGAGGCUUCAACCAAUUCAUCAAGGAGAACAAGCGGCUUUACAAAACCCUGUACUUGAAGCACUUUGAUGACCCUCGACGCCGAAGACCGGCCGAUCCUGAGCCAGAAUGGGCAGGAGCAUUGCAGAAGGUGGUGAGAUGUCAAAAGAUCCUCGAUUCUGCCAACAACGACCUCAAGGUAUGUUUCCAGUUCCGGUCUAUAGGCAACGUUGCUAAGCAGUAG